CGUCUAUUCCAUCUAUACACACAAAAACACAAACACAGACAUACAGUCGGCAGCAGCACAUUAAUGUUACCUCAGUGCUUUUGUGGGCAUUGCAUUCCAAUUCCUUUUUCUUUCCAGAUAUAAUAACUAAUGACUAGUAAAGUAUAACCCCUCACCCAACAACACCCAUCAUUAUUACCCACCUCCUCCUCACUCUCCUAUCACAUCACCCCAACCAAACCAGACCAAACCAAAAUCCAAAGAAAAAGCCUUCACUCUCUUUCUUUCACUUUGUGUGCCUCUGCUCUGUAAUAAAGUUAAGAGUGAGUGAGUGAGGGAGAGUAACCAAAAAAAAACCCCAUUUGUGCCUGCCUGAGAUUAUGGCUGAAACCCCGGAACCGGUGCCGGAGGCGGAAAUAGGGUCGGAGACAAAGAGGAUCGUCAACCCGAGAGCUGAAAUAGACACUUCACCCCCUUUCGGGUCGGUUAAAGAGGCCGUGACUCGUUUUGGUGGCAGUGGCUCUUGGAUCCCCCUUCACCUCCUCCGACUUGCUGCUGCUCAUCAUGGUUUUGAGGAGUUUGAGUUGGACAAAGUGGAGGAACAAGCAGCAGAGUUGGAGAAGGAUCUUCUUGUGAAAGAACGACAAACACUUCGUGUCUUGAAAGAACUUGAAGAUGCAAAAAAACUUGUACAAGGGUUAAAAAUGAAGUUUGUGAAAGAUGUGUCGGAAUGCAUGGCGACGCCUGAGUUAAAUUCAUUGCGAAGUUUGAGCCUGUGCCCUGAUCAGUCUCCCGCUUUGAUCUUAACAGAGUUGAAUCAAACAAAAUUGAACUUGAAUAAAACUACCACUGAUCUUUCUGCAAUUCGAGCGUAUGUUGAGUCUUUGAAUAACAAAAUGAAAAAACAGAUAAUUUCCCAGGAGAAGCCAGCUGAGAGGGAUAUGCCAAAUCCUGUAGGGGCAUUGCCUAUUGAAGAGAAGAUUGAUAGGGCAAGAGGGUUAGCCAAUGAUGCAGAAAUUCAAGGUGAUCCCAAGAAUUCAACAAACAUUUCAAUGCAUCUCCAGGAAUUGAACUUUGAGGCCGUGCAGUUUAAGAAAAUAGCAGAAGCUGCAAAAUACGAGGUUAUUAAGGCAAUGUCAGAGAUUGAACAAACAAAGACAAGUAUUAAUGUGGUUGAGAUGAGACUAAUUGCAGCAAGAAAAAUGGAGGAGGCAGCGAGAGCUGUUGAAGCUGUUGCUUUUGCUGAAAUGAAGGCUCGAUCAAGCAGUGAGUGUUCAUCAGAGGCAAGAAAGCCCCAGGGGGUAACUCUUUCCUUUGAAGAGUAUUCUUCUCUUACCCAAAAAGCUCAUAUAUUUGAGGAGUUGUCAAAUAGGAGAGCUAGAAAUGCCAUGUAUCAUAAUAUUGAUGAAGCGAAUGUAUCUGAAGUCUCGAUUCUAAAGAAAGAAGUUCAACAUGGUAAAAAGUCCGAAGAGGCCUUCUUUGGGGGAACACCAGAGCAUAGUGAAAUGAGAUGCUCGGGACAUAACUCUGUGUUUAAAUCCCAGUCGCUUGAUGGAAAUGAAUCCAAACCGAUCAACGAAAAACCCGUCCCUGUUUUAAGGUCAUCGAUUUCAAUUGGGGAUGUGUUGAGCAGGAAGUUGAUUUUGCAAGAUGAUUUUGUUGUGGGAAGGCAUGUGGAAGGCCACAAUGAAAGACAACAGGUGUCUUUAAGUCAAAUGCUUCGUGAACAAAGCGGGCUUAUAUCACGACAAUCUAAAAAGGGUGUGAAAGAUGGGAUUGUUCACAAGCAAUUCUUUUCUCAAAGGAAGAAGUUUGGAUUCAUCGAUAUAUCGCUCCCCUUAAAGAAGCAAAGCAAGAAAAAGACACAGGCUUCAAAUCUGAGGUGAAGUGGCUUGACAGAGGAAUAGUUGUGAGUUGACAUUUUCCUUUUCUAUUUACUCAUUUGUUGUGUUGUGUUGUGUUGUGUUGAGUUUGCUUGUGGUGUUGAUGGCUUGAGAUUUGGUUUUCAAAUGUUUUUUUUUUAAAUUUGUU